UCUUGUUUUUUAAAAGAAAAGAAGAGACUUUCUACGGUUUGGGGAUCAGAUGGGGAAGAAGGUGGCUUUGGUGUUGUCGUUGAUGUUGCUUAUGUCUAUGAACUCGGUGUUGGUGUCUGCUGAGGUAGCACCAACGGUUGGACAGAGGAUAGACGCAGCCACGAACGACAUGCAUGUUACCAAGUUCUUCAAUGAACAUGCUGGUCCUGCCGUCGACACCGUCUCCUCCACUGCCAAAUCCGUCUACAAUUGGUUUGGUGAUAAAGCUAAGGAAUGGGGACUCUAAACGAUCUGUACAUGAGUUGGGACUUGGGACUGGAAACAUUUCAUGAAUAAAAAAUUGAUCUCUAUGUACUACUUUAGUUAAAAUGAACA